AUGACAACACCAUCGGUGCUUCUGGUGCCGUCGCGAGUGAAUCUCGACAAAUUUCUUGAGCGAUUAAUGAACAUUGGCAAACUUGGCACCGGCUUCUCGUCGACAAUCACCGAGGACGAAAUCGCCGACCUCAUCGCCGAAACGACGGAAUGCUUCAUGAAGCAGUCGAUGAUGUUGGAAGUCGUCGCGCCGGUGACCCUCGUCGGCGACAUUCACGGCCAAUUCGGCGACCUCAUCCGCCUAUUCAAAAACGUCGGAUUUCCGCCGGACGUCAACUAUUUGUUUCUCGGCGACUACAUCGAUCGCGGCCAAUUCUCGAUCGAGACAAUCAUUUUUCUGAUGGCGCUCAAACUCAAAUAUCCCGACAACUUCCUAUUGCUUCGCGGCAAUCACGAGACGCGUCUCGUCAAUCGCAUCUACGGCUUCUACGACGAUCUCAACAAACGCUUCGGAACCGUUCGAUUGUACGAGGCGUUUCAGUCGAUGUUCAACGCGAUGCCGCUGACGGCGCUCGUCGGCCAACGAAUUCUGUGUAUGCACGGCGGAUUGUCGAGCGAGAUGCUCACGAUGGACUCGCUCGACGUGCUCAACAAAUUCACUCGGCCGCUUUUGGAUCCGCCGAAUCCGUCGCUGGCCAUCGAUCUACUCUGGGCGGAUCCCGACAUCGGCACCAAGGGCUUCAAGAACAACAUUCGCGGGUGCAGUUGCACGUUCGGUCCGGACGUCGUCGCGCAAAUUUGCGACAAAUUCAAACUCGAUUUGAUCGUGCGCGCCCAUCAGGUCGUUCAGGACGGCUACGAGUUUUUCGCCAACAAGAAGCUCGUCACGUUGUUCAGCGCGCCGCACUAUUGCGGCCAGUUCGACAAUGCCGCCGCCGUCAUGCAGGUCAACAAGGACCUCGUCUGCUCGUUUCGCAUUUUUCGGCCGCAAUUUCCCGCCAAAGGCGUCACCGCCGCGCGAUCAUCGCUAACCGUCCUUCCGGCGCCGCCGAAAUAA